CGCGGCCCGUGUAGUAAUCGCGAGCGCGCGCGUGUGUGCGCCUGUCGUUACCAUGACAGCAUAGUUAGUAAACUCCCCCGUUGCCAUCGGUUAUCGACCGGCGGCGGAUCGGCGGAAGAAGCUUUCGUGCGUGAUUGAUCUGAGGGAAUCCGCGCUCCCCGCACUGCAGAAGAAUGUUGUCAAAACUCGCGCGAGCCCCCUAAGGAUCGACGCUCCGUGACGUCGCCGCGGAGCGCUCGUGGAGUGCGCGUUACUAGGAGACCGAGAGAGAAUCAGAAGCUCCAGCUGUUCCAGAAUCGAUCCGGAGGCGCGAUGGGAACGUUCGGGAGCGCUGCGGUCGGCCUGGAUGAGGAAGAGGGCGAGGAAGAGGAGAAAAAGCGCCGGGAAGUUGAGCGUCUUCCUCCACUGCUCGAGGACGAGGAGAACGUGUCUCUAGCUGAUAUUCUGUGUCUGCGGGACGUCGGUCUGUCGGAGCAGGAGUUGUGGGCGGUGUGUGUGGAGUGUAUUCGUUCUCUCCAGAGCAUCGGCCUCUCGCCGCUCUUUCACGCCCUCUGCGUUACGCCCGACACGUUGGCCUUCAACGCUCACGGUAAUGUGUGCUUCAUGGAGCAGCUCAACGAUGAUCCUGAUGGCUGUUUUAUUCCUCCAGAAUUGGAUAAAACUGGAAGCACAUUUGAGGGUCACAUGUUCUCGUUAGGCUCCACCCUAUGGGCGGCGCUGGAUUUCGUGACGGAGGCGGAGCUACAGGUGGAGUUGAGUGAGGAGAGCCGGUGUUUGCUGAAGCAGAUGCAGAGCGAGAAACCUGAGGAUCGACCGCAACUACAGGAUAUUCUCUCUCAGGCGGAGGCUGUACUCGGCGACAUAUCGCCCACAACCGUCUGCCGGAAACUGUCUGCCAUCGGCCGAAGAGUCCUGUCCAUAGAGUCCGUCGCUGCUCUCCAAGAUGGAUGGGAGAAAUGCAGUUUCCAGUUUCUGGAUCACAAAGUCUCAAGAUCAAACUCCACAGAGAAUCCCACCGGCGAUCGAACCAUGAUCAGAAACUGCUCGACCGAUUCAUACGACGGUGAGGAGCUGCUGCUGAGACGCAGAGGUCUGCUCUGUAACGGCUCUUCGUGGUCCGGAGGUUCAGUCGAUCCGUCGCCAGACAGCAGGUCUCAGAACAGUUCUCCGGUGCACAGGAGGAGUCAGGAGAGGAGGCCCGGGAGAGCCAAGAGAGCUCUGAACCGUUCCUGCUCGGUCCCAGACUCCAACAACCCUCCGGCGCUCUGUCCGCCGUCGCACGCGCCCAUCAGCAUGAUGGUGGCCGACCUGUCCGAGAUCACGGAGGAGGAGAGCGCCGCCGCCGGGUGGAGCGGGAGACUGCGGCGGCCGAAAGCCAUGGAUUCAGACCUGGAGGAGGAGGACUCGGGCAUCCCGUCUGAUGAAGCGACAGGCUGCACACCUGAACCCGAUGUGUGCGAGACGGAUCCGAUUGAAGCUGUAGAUGCUCAAAGCCCGACAGCCUCAGAGGACGGAGAAACGCACGCAGACGCUGAACUGUGCAGCUUUAAUCAUGUAAACAGAACUGUCUUGUGCCUGAAUGAGGAAUCUCAGAAUCAGUGGAUCUCCUUGCAGGAGCUGCUCUCCUGCUCCGCUCAGCCGUUCUCAGUCAAUGAGCUCUGGGCUUUGUGCUACACAUGUCUCUCUACGCUGCAAACCUACAUCGACCUCCCAGAUUACCUGUGUCUGGACUCGGUGUAUGUGGGCUGUGAAGGGGAGAUGCUCUUUCUGAGACCUAAAAACUCAGUCUCCUGUGAUGCAUUUUUUCUGGCUCCUGAGUUUCAAGAACAUGGAAUUGUGACGGAAAAGGCAUGUGUGUAUGGGGUAGCAGCUGUCCUCUGGGCUACGGCCAAGUUUAAUUUGUCUCCCAAUCAAAAGCUGGCCAUGCCGAGAAAACUCAAGAGACUCCUGCUUGAGAUGGCCAAAAGAACUCCCAUCGAAAGACCUUCUAUUGAAAUGGCGAAAAAGUCUUGCCGUGACUACCUGUCCCGCCAGGGAACGAAUGCAGAGAGCGUGUGGACGCAGAUCAUCAGCCGAGUUCACCAGGCAUUCGAUGGGAAUAGAGAUACAGAGGACUGGUCUUCUCCUGAGUGUGCUGAAAACCCAUCUGACCCACACUUGGGAGAAGUUAAGACAGGUUUUGUCCCGUUGGCCAGCGAGGGCCGGUUGGAGCCUGUAGCUGGUCCAGUUCCUCAUAAUUACCCAGAAUCCUCCACCAGCAUCAGACUGCCCGAGGCCUUCACCUCUUCUGCCACACACUUCAGCCCCAUAAUACUGACGCAGGACGCGCUCGUUCAUCGCCCGCAGUCUGAGCUGAUUGUCAGUGGACGCUCUGUUGAGGACAUCACAGAUGAAGCUGUUUUGCGAGAGCCAGAUGAACAGGAAGAGAGCGCCGCUGAGGAUGAUGGGGCGGGUGGUGUUUUCUCCACCGGUUAUUCAUCAUCCUCCAGUUGUAAGACUCUUGUGAAUUCACCACCUCCAGCGACUCCCCAAAUAAUCAAUCAAGAAACUGCCGACCAGCCAAACUUCCCCGCCCUGUCUUGUGCUAAUGGGAUUUGUAACAACUUCCUGCUACAGCAAGACCCACAGACAGGACGUCUGACCCUGCUUCCUGUUCAGAUCGCCGUGCUUCAGCCAAUCACAGGCGUGGAUCACUUCAGCACAGAAUCACUAAUCACAAAACCACAGAAACCUUCAGAUGACGGCGUGAGGAAUGAAAGCAUGUGUGAGAGCCACAGAGACUCAACAGUGUCUUCUGAAAGUCCAACAGCAAAUAUUACAGUUCAGUCCAACGCUGCUCCUCACUGUAUGAAUCACGGCCCGUCACGCUCACGUCAGAGAUCCUCGUGUCUGCAGCACGUCAUUGAGCUCCUCAGAGAAGAGAUUGCUUUGGAAAACUAUCUGGAGAACGGAGUCCAAGAUCUGGCUAUGGGAGAAUACAUCCUCUCCUUACAGACCCUCCAGUUUGACACGUUCUGUCGAGCGAUAACAGAGAAAUUCAGUGAUCUGCACUGGGAUCAGCAGCUGCUGUGUGACCUGCACCGUCUGAUCAACCAGCGCGUCUCUGAUGAACAGCCCUCCUCAAAGGCACAGAAAAGGGCAGCAGCGUCGCUCCAGAACGCCAGACGCCAUUUGCCCAGCGAGGAAAACACUCAUCUAGACCACAAUGCAAACCUUUGGCCUUCAGAUCGACCCGCACCAGAGGAAAACCAGCUGAACCACAUCAAGAAAGAACCGGAAUGCAAACCAAAUGAACUUAAAUGCAUCGAAACAGCAGAUGGACAAAACCUAGAGAAGACCGGAUCUGAGACCAGGACCGCAAGCGGGAGACGAAACACACAGGAAGUGACAUCAGAGGAUGACAGCACAGAUCUGAAUGAGCUGAUGGAGGUGCAGAGCAGCGCGUCCCCAGACGAUGGCGAUGGCGAGUGUGUUUGUGGAGCUGAAGCGCUGGAGGACAGCGGCAGCUCUCAGCUCACUCCCGACUGCUCGGAGCUGGACAUGGACGACUGUGACUCUCUGAAGUCUGAAUGGACGCUCUUGGUCUGCAGCGACUCUCAGCGGGCCCCGCGCGGCUCCUCCUGGGCUCUGGCUCUGUACGGGGACGACUGCUUCAGUCAGGAUGUGCUGGAGUACACGCAGAAACUCAGCAGUCACAACAAAUCGCCCACGCUGGAGGAUAAAUCACAGGAGCUUCACCAACAGCUGAUUAUUGAGAGCAGAAAUCUGAAAAAGACCAGAACUUUCUACCACAAACUGAUUCUGCAAGAGAGGAAAAAUAAAGGUUCAGACAUGAAGGUGAUGGUGUCGAAAGUCAAGCUGCAGUUUGAUGAGCUCAGAGCCAAAGUGGAGUUUCUGCAGUCUGUCAGGAAAUAUCUCCAGGUGUUGUCUGUGGAUCAGUGGGGUUUAGCGCUCUCUCUGCUGCCCUCUCUGGCCACGUGUGGAGCUGCGCCUCUGGAGCUGCAGCAUUCAGAAGAGCCUGCACUUCUGCACUUCCUGUGCGAGCAGCGCAGGGGGAAAGGCUGCCCGCUAGUGGCCGCGACCGCCAGAGGACUCAUGGCCUAUCUGUACGCCAGGAACGCUCACGCCGAGGGAUUUAUUCAGCAGUUUUUCUACACGUAUCGCUACUUCUGCACCCCGGAGGAGCUUCUGCAGUUUCUGAUGGACAAAUUUAGCAGCACACUGGGGGACGGACGGAUGGAUCCCUCAUCAGACGGAGCCAAAGUCUAUCAGCGCACUCUGGAUUUAUUACACUUCUGGAUUGAAGACGCUCAGUUAGUGGACUUCAGCUCCUGCUCCAGACUCCUGCACACGCUGGACGCCUUCCUGACCACUGAGGUCGCACCCGUUGACAGUCGAGGAGAGAGUUUGCUGGCGUCACUCCAGGCCUCGCCCAAGAAGAGGCGCGUCUGUGGCUCAUCGUGUGCGUUUGACGCCUCCAUCAGCAGCCCAGACGACGAGGAGAAGCUCUCAGUGAACUCUUCAUGCAGGAGAUCAUCCAUCGAAGAUGCUGCUCGAAAGGGUUUCCAGUGGCGUGUGUCGCGUGUGGUGGAGCCUCAGACGGCCCAGAGUAAAGAGAAAGUGUUCUCCAUCGCUGCGGCUCUUCCUCGGCCGUGUUACGCCUCUCUGAUGAGUCAACUGAACAACACCAAUCUGAAAUCAGAGGAGAGACUUCCCUUCAGUCAGAGCGAACACACGCCAAUACACAUCGCACAGCAGCUCACCUUACUGGAGCAGGAAAUAUUUCACGACUGUCAUCCGGUUCACUUCCUGAACUCAAGAGCACACGGAGUGACGGAAAACUCUGGAAACGUUUCCAGGUGUGCGUCUCCAGCCUCCUCACCUGUAGAGGGCAGCAGCAGUCUGUUGGUGAGUGACGGGCCGCUGCAGAGACUCCUCACAUACGCCGACUGUGUCGCCAACUGGGUUUCUGCUGAACUGGUCAUCUGUGACUCGGUCAAGGCACAGACGGCUUUACUCGCUCGUUUUCUGGCCGUUGGCAAGUACUGCUACGAAACGAGAAACUUUGCCACGGCCAUGCAGAUUUUGUCGGGGCUUGAGAACGUGAUUGUGAGGCAAUUACCGGCGUGGAAGCAGCUCUCGCUGAAGGUGUGUGAGGUUCUGGAGGAGCUCAGGGCCGUACAGGUGUUUCUGAAGAGUGAUAAUCUGUGUCUGAUGGAGGGAGAGAAGGGCAGACAGCGGCCGACUCUCCCAGACGCUCACAUCCUGGCCAUGCACAUCCAGCAGCUGGAGAUCGGAGCGUUCACCAUGACCAGCGGAGCAUACAAGUGGCCUAAACUGAGGAACAUCGCGCGUGUGGCCAGUCAGGUCCACGCCUUUCAGGAGCGUCUCUAUUCCUACCCUCCCGACCUUGAUCUGCAGUCGUACCUGCGUGGGCGAAUCGCACGCUUCGGCCGCUGUGACGUCCCGCUCCUCGCCUCCGACAACCACGCCAACUUCAGCCAGACGGCCAGCGAGCGGCACGCCCGCCGGAUCCACGACACGCUGCGCCGCGUCAAAGCGUCUUUCCAGUGACCGGCACAGAUGCGGAAAGCCGCUGGAAGACGCUGUCAGGUGCCAUAACACCCAUCUGGAGACUGCAGACGUCUCCAUCUGAGCUCUGAGGAGAGAUAAAGACGUUCACAGUUGCUCUCUAUACAGAUGUUGACAGAAUUAGGAGUCUGUGCCAAAAAACGUGAUCAUGGAAAGCACAAGACGUGGGAGGUUUUCCUCAUUUUAGGAUGUGGAGGUGUUUUCUCAUCUUUACCUUCAAGUAUCACACACUUCUUCAAGCAGCCUUAGCCAGUUUCGGUUUGAUGGCUGGAUUUCUUCAAAGAACAAAGACUUAUUUUUGAAGUGUUUUGACAGCUACACAACCAAAUAUUGUAGUCUGGAUAUUUAUAGAUUGAGAAAUUAUUAAUUAUAUUAAUGCAUUUUAGAUUCAACCGUUUGAGAUUGAAAAGCUUGAAAUAAUGCAUUAUAAACUCCUACAGAGAAUAGAGAAAAUAUACUUUUAAUAAUAGAGUCAAUGCAGUAUAUUUCUACACCUAAUCUUAAGACAUUGUGACAUACUUUUGCAAACAUUUCAAUAUUUUAACUCAUUGCAUUUGCAUUUCUCCAUUUUUGUAGUGCACUUUAAAUUGGGGCACUUUAUUUCCGUUUUAAAGUGCAAAAUGCAUCUUUCUAAUUAGAGUUGAAUUAAAUGAUUUCCAAUCUUUUCUUAGUUGCAUUAUCAAUAAGAUUUGUCUUAACUUAGACCCGAGAACAUGUUGUUCCAAACCUGUAUGAGUUUGUUUCUUGUGUUGAACACAAAAGAUAAUAUUUUGAUAUUUUGUAAGCAAACAGUUGUUGGUAUUGACACAUACUAUGAAAAAAAAAAAUACAAUGGAAGUUUUUUCAACACAAGAAAUAAAGUCAGACAGGUUUGUUUUCUAGGUUUCAGUCUGUAAAUUAUACUUUAGACUUGGAUAAAACCAAUUGAUUUACAUUUUUACAUCUGCAGGAUUACAAACGUACUAAAUUAUAGGUGUUAAUAGUCCAUUAAUCAGGUUUAGAGCUAAUAAAUUGCAUCGUGUUGAAUGAAAACUACUCAUUUUGAUGGCAUGUGUUUUUCAGGUGUGCAGAAUACAGUUCCGGACGUUCACCAUCUUCACCUUUGACCUGUGUGUUCUUUAACCUGUGAUGUACCAAUAACCAUCAUUUUAUGACAUUUUGUGUUUCAGCCUCUUCAGCUUCUGUGAUAGUAAAGCGUCCAUCAGAUGCACAAAUCAAAAUCUCAGAGACAGCAGUAGGUCGUCUGGGUGUUGUUCAGGUACUCGUACACUAUACUCGUCAAAAGUUUGGAAUUAUUCUAAUUUUUCAGUGGCGUAACUUUCUUUUCUUUUUUUUUUUUUUUUUUUU